CAAAACUUUCAAAUAGCGUGUAAUAUCAGGCUCACCCUGUGGAAGGUCGGUCCAUAAGGCGGGUCAGACUAAACUAUAAUAGCGGACCAACUUUCAUCGGAAACUGUUUACGCCACACGAAAACAAAGCAAAAUGGAGUCAUAAUUUCUUGUUUUUGUAUAAAAUUGGAUGCAUUUUUGCUGAAGAAAUUGAAGAGAAAGAAGGAGAGGGGAAGAAAAAAAAUGGCUAGUAGCUGUAGUUGUACAUGUUCUAAUUAUAGACCUAUAAUUUCUGCAAAAAAAUCAGAUGUUGUUAAUCGUUUUUUAUCACAAUUGAUGAUCUAUGGAGAUCGUAGAGUAAAGAAAAUACCCAGAAUUUGUGUUGUAAGAGCAUCAGCAGUUGAUAGUUCAUCUCACUUUGUUGAACGCAUCGAGAAGGCAUGGUUGAUUUCUAAGCAACCUAGGCCAAUUAUAUGCUCUACUUGUGACUCAAAUGGCCUUGUGGAUUGCAACUGGUGUGGCGGUACUGGUUUCUUUAUACUAGGCGACAAUAUGCUCUGUCAAGUGCCCUCUCGCAACACUAGCUGUGUCAUCUGCACUGGAAAGGGUUCUGUAUGCUGCACCGACUGUAAAGGAACAGGUCACCGUGCAAAGUGGUUGGGAGAGCCUCCUAUUCCCAAGCCUCCUGUUACCGAAGAGUAGCUUCUCCACUGAUUUCUUGAAAUUUUAAUCAAGUUCUUGAUCCUUGGACAGGAUCAAUGUUCAGAAUGCAUCUUGAUACUUGUAUUCAUUGUUGAAAAUAUAUUUCUUUCUAAGUUGUACAAUUUGUUACAUCAGUUUUCAUGAUAUACCAUUUGUGUAAAGCACAAUUCUUCCUCCCUUUUGGUUCUCUUUUGAGCCUGAUAGAAGCUUUUUGAAAAUGAUAAAUGAGAUUGUAUAGCAUUAAUUUUCGCGAAGUUCAGCAACAUAUGCAUCUUGCAUUAGAAGUUCAUGAUUUUACUGUA